AUGCCACCUCAACAGCAGCAGCAACCUCAACAACAACAAGGGAAUCCUGCUGUGAUAGAUCCAGCCAUGGCCCAUGUGAUGAGCCGGUUAAAAAUGGCAAAAACUGAUGAAGAAAAAACAACGGUGUUCCAAGAAUUGAAGAAGACACCGCAUCUGUUUGCUGCGUUUAUUAAAAUGAAGCCAACCCCUGAUAGUAAUUGGCCUUCAACUAUGGGUCCAGGAGGUCCAGGUGGUCCUCCCCAACAGGGUUAUUAUGGUGGCCCACCGCAAGGUGCUCCCCGUGGACCCGGAGGUCAGUACGCGCAAGUAGGGCCGGGUGGAUGGCAACAACAGCAGCAGUACCAUCAACAACGGCAACAACAAGGAGCGUCACCGGCGAUUUCUGGACAGCAAUUUGGUGUUGGUCAGGUGAGUAGUUUUAAAUUUUGAGU